GACUUCGCCAUGGCAGUGGUGGACAUCUUGCUGUCUUGGUGGACGGUCCCACUCGGCAUCGUCGGCCUCAUCAUCUCGUACCUCUACUCAUACUUCGUCACCUAUGGCCACCUUCGAAGCCUACCAGCGCCAUUCCCGGCGCAGUUUUCAAACCUAUGGCUUAUGUACGUAUGUCGGCGCGGUGAGCGCUACAGCGUCAUGCACAAGUUGCACCAGCAGCUCGGCCCCGUGAUCCGGAUCGCGCCGAACCAUGUGAGCAUCGCGGAUGACGACGCAAUUCCCGUCAUCUAUGGCCAUGGAAAUGGAUUUUUGAAGUCCGAGUUCUAUGAUGCCUUUGUUUCAAUCCGUCGUGGGCUCUUCAACACCAGAGAUCGCGCUGAACAUUCGCGCAAGCGCAAGCUGAUCUCGCACACUUUCUCCACAAAGUCCAUCACCCAGUUUGAGCCAUAUGUGCAUGAAAACCUCGAGCUUUUCGUCAAGCAAAUCGACAACCUUAUUGAGACCGGCAAGUCCAACGGCGGACGACAAGAAGCCCAGCUUGACUGCCUCCCUUGGUUCAACUACCUGGCCUUUGACAUCAUCGGCGACUUGGCUUUCGGCGCUCCCUUUGACAUGCUUCGCACUGGUGUGGACAUGACGGAAGUCAGAGCCACACCUGAUAGCCCGCCUAUCUACGCCUCCGCAAUCGAGAUCCUGAACCGAAGAGGUGAGGUUAGCGCGACCCUGGGCUGCUUCCCGCAAUUGAAGCCGUAUGCCAAGUGGCUGCCUGAUCCCUUUUUCAGCAACGGCCUCAAUGCUGUUCAAAACCUCGCUGGAAUCGCCAUUGCUCGGGUCAAGGCGAGGUUGGACAACCCGCCGCCAAAGGAGCGCAAGGAUCUUCUCGCACGUCUCAUGGAAGGCAGAGACGAAAACGGGGAACCCCUUGGAAGGGAGGAGCUAACAGCCGAGGCGCUCACGCAACUCAUCGCCGGUAGUGACACGACUUCUAAUUCGUCCUGCGCUCUGCUCUACCACACAGUUCGAACCCCUGGUGUUCUUGAAAAGCUCCAGGCUGAGCUCGAUGCCGAGAUCCCCGCGGGUGUUUCUGUACCGAGUUUCGACAUGGUCCGAGACUUGCCCUACCUCACCUCCGUCCUCAAUGAGACGCUGCGGUUCCACUCUACCUCAGGUAUUGGUCUUCCUCGACAGGUUCCCGAAAACUCACCUGGCGUCACCCUUCACGGCCAUUUCUACCCACCUGGAAGCGUUCUGAGCGUCCCGACAUAUUCGAUGCACCACUCUAAGGAGAUCUGGGGACCGGAUGCCGACGAAUUCAACCCCGGCCGAUGGGAGAAUGUAACUACACGACAGAAGAACGCAUUCAUCCCGUUCAGUCAUGGGCCCCGAGCAUGUGUGGGAAGGAAUGUUGCCGAGAUGGAGAUGAAGCUCAUUGUCGCUACCUGGGCACGACGAUACUGCGUCGAGUUACGGCAAGGGGUUAUGGAGACUCGAGAGGGCUUUUUGAGAAAGCCGCUCGGUCUGGACGUCGCGAUUUGGAAACGAUGAUGCAAGUACGGAGGCCUACACUUCAAUUUGAAGAUGAUAGAGGGACGCUGUGGAAGGUGGCAAGCAAUCAAAAGGGAUGCCUCACAGAAAAUUACUGGGUGUACGAAAUCUGGGAAUGCGGUGGAUCAGGAAUGAAAUUGGAUCACUGGCGAAGCAGGCGUUGAACAUUGUUCAUUGUUGUCAACCCCGACAAAGCAUGUAUGUACCAUGAACAUAGAUUGAUGUCAAGUCCAUUUCACUACGACUUCAACCCCUUUGUCAACGUUCGGUGUAGCUUUAAGAGUGUUCACUUGGUCUAAGCUCGCAGCACAGGGGCGCUGAAUCACUGAUCAGCCCGAGGAAGCCAAAUGUGUGCCUGACGCAGAUACAGCAGCUGUGGAACCGGGUGCUCUCUUGUAAACAUGAUCUGCUCUUUCGUCCUUACUUGAACCUCUCCGGGCGUGUGCGG